GAGCUCACCACCCAAACCAUCCGUGCCAACAACAGAGCAGCUUCUUGUGUAGCAGCAAGAGCCACAAGUGAUCUAGAUUGCAGAGCAGCAGCAAGACGUACUACACUAGCUAAAUCAGCAGCUCCUUCACAGGGAGCAACUUCGCAUCUUCCUCCACAAGUCGAAGAUGUCGGUGGCCGUGUGCCGUGUCCCGGCGGCGUUCCAGGCGCCUGCCUGGCUGCGCCCCGCCGAGCUGUACAAACCGGAGGUGGUGGUGGCCGACGACCGGCCUGCUCAGGUGGACAUCUGGAAUGCCAUCCAGGCCGCCGGCGUGGAUGACAAGGUGGCCGCCGCCAAGAAGGUGGUCUCCAAGCCAUACGUCAGUCCGCGCGUGCGCCGGUCGAUGAGCCAGAAGAGCCUCGAGAUCUGCACCGAGAGCCUCGGCUGCGAGACCGGCUCUGGCGACUUCACGGCCUCGCUGGACGCCGUCGACAUGUUUAGCCUCUUCGGUUCGCCUCUGCCGACGGCACCCGUCGAAGCAGAGGAGUCUUUCUGGCAGCACAGUGCGGCCUACUCGGACGAGCAGGCUGAAGUGAAGGACGACCUCGUGGCAGUGAACUACCACCGCUCGGGCGUGAGGCGGUCGCCGCCCCGCUCUUUCCCGCCGCCGCUGCCGUCCAUGUCGAGCCGCGACGGGCCGUGCCUGAAGAUGUGCUCGAGCCGCCAAGACGGGCGCCUCGUCAUGGAGGCGGUGGUCGUGAGGCCGCGUGGGUACCUCCAGGCGAACCGCCAGGACGGCCGCCUCUGCCUCUCCUUCAUCGAGUGCUCUGCCCGCGGGCAGGGUGCUGCAAGCAACAGCAGCACCGGGGCGACCGAGGCAUCGUCCUACUUCCCGAUCGUGGAGGACAAGUGCGAGCAGGAGCAGGAGGUGGCCAUGGAAAUGGAGGAGGACGACGAGGACGAGGAGGAGGUGGAGGUGGUGGACAGGGGAACCGUCGUGGAGGUGAAGGUCAGCUCGCAGCCCCAGGCGCCCGCCGCCGCCAAGGUGCACCGGUCGACGCUCGUCAUCAACAAGUUCGUGGGCAGCACGCCCUUCACUUUCGACCAGCCCCGCGGGCAGCACGCGGACGCGCCGCUCCCCGAGCCGUCCGCCCGCGACGAUGCGGCGCCAAAGCCAACGCUGCGCCGGGUGCCCUCGUCCACGACGACGCUCGCUGCCGCGGUGGCGGUGGCGUCGACCGAGACCGGCGCCCCUCCCACUCCCUGCGACGACGACGACGAGGACGAAGGGUGCGGCGGGCAGCACCCGUCGGCCUUGGCGACCACCGACAACAAGCAGCAGCAUCUCCUCCUCUUCACCUCGCGGCGGGGCGACAAGCACGACCUGCUGCAGAGCGUGCGCCGGUGCCGGCAGCUGCGGCAGAACCCACUCUUCAUCCUCGAGCCGUACUGCAUUGCCACAUGAAAACCGCACGUGCGAUCAACCACAGCAAAGACGAAGAAAAAGCACACAAAAAAAAUCCAACAUUGCACUGCUGCUAGUGCGAUAGUUCGGUUGCUAGGCUUAAAUUAAUCGAGCACGCGCGGUGCUUCAUUCGCCGCCUACUAUUCCCGGUUAGCUAGUCGAUUAAUAACCUUAUUAGUCCAUGGUCACCGUGGCUGCUGCAUGCCGGGCUUUUUUGUGACACAUGCCAUGUGUUGCUAUCUUUUUCCCGAUCGAUCGGUCGGGUCGGUGUUUGGCCCCGAUCAUGCAGCGGCUGCCUAAUUCGGACGUGACCUCGAGCACUGCUCGUGCUGUAUGAUUUCCAGUGUGAUUUCAGUAAAGAAUUGUUCAAUGAAUUAACAGAUUGUUGGCUAAA